GCACUGCAUUCUAAAUUUAUAAUAAUACGUUGAAUAAAAUCGAUUUAUCAUAUUUCAGUGAUCAUCAGAAAAUGAAUUCACUCAAGAUACAUGCUGUAUUUAUCUGAUAACGAAAUAUAAUAGUUUUUCAUCGAUUACAUUUGAUUAAUUUUGCAAAGCAUAAUAAAAAAUGUAAAGCGAACCUUGACAUGCAAUAUUUAUAUGUUUGAUCAAUAUAACUCUCCACGUGCGAUAAAAUCCUCAUAAUUCUGGUCAAACAAUAGUAUAAAGUAAUUUAACGUAGAAGAAACAUUGUCGGUAUAUUAAGCGAGGCAUUCUGCAGCAGUGAUCAUUAGCGAGAGAAUAUUAAGAAAUAAACGUUCUAACGUGUCUGCAUCAUGAUGCUAAACGAUUUUCGAAAGAAAAGGCAUGCAGUGAAUCGAAUCAUAGUGGAUCAAAUGGAAAUUUCGAAGAAAACAAACAAUGAAUUAUUCGAUCGCUACAUCAAAUCGUAUCGUGAUCAACCGAGAGAAAAUACGAAACAAAUUGCCCGUGAGUUACUGCAAGAAUAUCUGUAUGACAGUUCGCUGCACGGUGUGAAAUACCUUGGCAAAUUACGAAUAAAAUCCACCACUCUCGGAAAGGUCUUCUGGACUUUAAUUAUGAUUGGCAGUUUUUUAUUCUUAAGUUGGAUGUUUUGGAAAACCUGGAUACGUUACAGUACUAAUCCGACUCGUACCAUCAUUGAAUCGUUUCAUAGCCCAGUAGCUCUGGUACCCUUCCCAGCUAUUACUGUGUGUCCAUUAGUAGUACCGCCGAUUGCAAGACGCUUAAAAGUAUUGAAAGAUUUAAAGUUGCCACCCAAUAUGAAUAACGAAACGGUGAUGUUCUUGCUCAAAUAUGGUGUCCUAUUUACGAACAAUCAUAUUACCGCCGGGAGAAGGUACUUAAAUGAUUUACAAGCUCUGUUAAACGCAAACGAUCUAACAAUAGUAAAAUUUUUACAACUUAUGCGACCUUGCGAAGACUUUUUUGAGUCCUGUUGGUGGGAGGGAGUUGAGACGAAUUGCAGCGAAUUGUUCAAAUUUUCUUACACUUUCUCGGGUGUGUGUUGUUCCUUUAAUUAUCUUCUUCAAGAUGACAUAAGGACUGGCAGAACUACGCAGGACUCCGAUCUUCUUAAAUCUAUGUUGUUUGGACCAAGAGCCAAUCUUAUAGCUGUCAUACGAAAAGAUUUGAUGAACUUAACCGAAGAUAAUAAAUCCAUCAGAUUUGCGACAAAUUCCGUCGGUCUUUUGAUAUUUCCUCAUCAUCCUCUGGAAUAUAUCGGACCUAUAGCUACUAGAGAAAUUUUACAAAUAAACCAAGAAUUGCGGGUCUCUGUGAUUCCAUUUACCAAGCGAGAGAUCGGCGAAUAUUAUUAUCGAAAUAGUCACGGUAAAUUGGUCCCCCAUUGUGCAGACGAAAAAACUAACAAGUUGAAAUAUUUUCCUACAUACAGAUAUUCAAACUGUUUUACUGUUUGCUCUAUCGACGCUAUUUAUGAAACCUGUGAUUGCUUGCCAUAUUAUUACACACCUAUAGCAGAAAAAUAUUCUUUAAGAAUCUGCAAUUUUCAAGAUUUCGACUGUCUUUCUAUGAUAAAACGAAAUUUUACGUGUGAAUGUGUAAAUCCAUGCUGGAAUGUAUAUUACGAAGUACGAAGUUCCUCGCUGUUGUUAAAUAAUAGUCACGAUUUCAAUAUUAUACCGAUGUAUCGGAAGCUUACAGACACUCAAUCUGUUCUAAGAGUAUUUUAUAAUGGCGACGUUUUUACUCAAACAAAUACAAUACCGAUUGCUGAUGAAUUAUAUUUGCUAGCAUCCAUAGGCGGCAUAUUUAGUCUUUUCCUGGGAGCCAGUUUUAUAAGCGCCGUGGAAAUUUUUUAUUUCUUCGAAUUAUUUUUUCGUUCUUAUUAUAACUCCAAAAAAUCGAAAUAAUCAUCAUCGACCGGAAAUGUUAUUAAUAAUGUACCAAAUAUCGUACGUAAGAUAAAGAACCAUAUAUGUUAUGCUCGUUAAUUAUAAUAUAUCUUAUCGCAUUGUCAUGAAUAAGUAAUUGUGGAAAAAAAAUUGUGCAAAAAAUGACUGCCACCUUUUUGUCGACAUUUAGGUCGUUUUUCAGAUCGUUUACUGGGUGUACGAGUGCCGCAUCGUCAGCAUCACGAAUCUGGAACGAUUAGAUCUAUUUCGAGCGGUUACUGGAGCGCUGCCGUAACAUUUAAGUCCACGCCCGUGAAAAGAUUUACUACGAGUGUCCUAUAAUCGUGUCCGACAAUCUUUAGAAUCACAAAUUGUGCAGAAAUUAACCAAACUAUACGGAUAAUACUAUUGCAAUUUUCGUUCUUCUUUAGGUACUUUCUCGGUUGUCCAAUGUGUGAUCAAUUUUCAUUAAUAUACAUAUAUAUAUAUAAAUUUAUCUCCUGUGAUAUACGUAUAUUUCGUCACCGACACCUGCACGCACCUGUUUAUUAAUUUUGGCAAUAAUAUAAGGGAUAGUUCUCAAAAUAAUCAACAUGGAAAGAUGAUGAUUUAUCGAAAUGAAAGAAGUAGCAAAAAAAAAUACAGAAGCCCGCGAGACGUUAAAGACCAGCAAACUUGCUAUUUAAUUUCGCAAGUAUAAGAAACAUAAAAAUGGUUGAAUAAGAUAUCGUGAAAAAGAGAAGAUACUUCUCAGAUACGAAAGUGGAUAUUUAUAUCAUGAAGAAUAUCUCAGAAGUUUCGAAUAAAAUAAGCGAGUAAUUCGAUACUCGAGUCAUACGGUUUUAGGAAUCUCUGUCUUAUGCAAUAUUUGAAAGCUUUUAAUGCACCGCGGGUUAAUUGCGCACCUUGAAACAUUGAAAUGUGUACUAAUCACGUCAUCUAUUUUUGUGAAUGCUGUCGAAAAUACUGAUUUAGUUCUACGUGAACGUAUGGUCGAAAACUUUGAGAGCUGGAAGCGUCAACUAUUUUUGGAGUAAACGCCCACAUAUCUUUCGCAGACACACCUUCCGCGUCUCUCCACACCGUUCUGUAUUUACACUUCGCAGCAAAAAUCAUUUUUCAUAAUUAUAUAUAUAUUUUUUAGAUCACAGCUAAUCAAUAUGUAUAGCAGCACAAAUUAUUUUCGGAGAGACGAAAUAAAUCAUAAAAUAAACUUCAGCCGGUAGUCUAAACGAAGAGAUUUAUUUUAUAGUAACAUAUAUUGUAGUAAUAGAUUUUUUUUGAAGAUAUACUACGAACAAAUUUCAAGAAACUAGAUGUCGCAAUCAAAUCAAAUAAACGAGAUGGACUCGAUAUGAACGCAUAUGACUUGAUAUAUUUAUUUCAGUGAUUUCAAAUGAGCAUAGUUUAAUGACGAUGUAAAUUUUAACUAGAGAAAUGUUAAUGAGAUAAUAAAUUGGUUUAAGUGCAGAUAAAGUGUCCAUUG